AAUGAGCGGCGGAGGGGGCGGGAUCUGUUCCCAGGAAGCGGCGGGAGGCGCGGAGUACCGCUGUGUGUACGAGGUCUGGGGGCGGUGCGCAGCCAUGUCGGAGCGGAAAGUCUUGAACAAAUACUACCCGCCGGACUUCGAUCCGGCAAAGAUCCCGAAGCUCAAACUCCCGAAGGACCGGCAGUAUGUGGUGCGGCUCAUGGCCCCGUUCAACAUGCGCUGCAAGACGUGUGGUGAAUACAUCUAUAAGGGAAAGAAGUUUAAUGCCCGUAAGGAGACGGUUCAGAACGAGGUGUACCUGGGACUUCCCAUAUUCCGCUUCUACAUCAAGUGCACGCGUUGCCUGGCAGAGAUCACUUUCAAGACAGAUCCUGAGAACACGGACUACACCAUGGAGCACGGAGCCACUCGUAACUUCCAGGCUGAGAAGCUCUUGGAAGAAGAGGAGAAAAGGAUGCAGAAGGAGAGGGAGGAGGAAGAGCUAAACAAUCCCAUGAAGGUCCUGGAGAACCGAACCAAGGACUCCAAGCUGGAGAUGGAAGUUCUGGAGAACCUACAGGAGCUGAAGGAGCUCAACCAGCGCCAGGCCAAUGUUGACUUCGAGGCCAUGCUGCAGCAGUACAAGGAAUACGAGGAGGAGCAGAAGCGCAGGGAGCAGGAGGAGGAUGAGCAAGAGAUGAAAGCCAUGCUGGAGCAGGCCCAGAACCGCCGGCUGCUGCCAGACUCUGACUCUGACGAAGAGCCUGCGAAACCAGGCACCAAGCCCACGGCCAAAACACGGCCCACGGACGUCCUGCAGGAGGACCCUCAGCCCCAGAGCAAGAAGAUGAAGACUGAAAGCUGGGAGCGGAGCGUGGGCAAAUGGAACAGCAAGUCACAGCUGGCCACACUGGUGACGGCCAGGAAGCAGAAGCCAAGUGCCACCCCAGCUAACGGGGCUGAGAACCGAGGCACCACGGCCAGCACCGGCUCUUUGCCCACCACCACGGGCACCACGUCGUCCCUCGGCUUGUUGGGAGCGUACACGGACAGCGAGAGCGACUGACGAGCAGCGGGGCCGCGUGCUGCUCAGCCCCACGGCGCUCCCCCUCCCCACGUCCUCACCUCCCGUCCUGCAGCGGGGCCGUGGGCGCCGAUCCCAACUGGGAAGCACUGGGACCAUCCAGGACUGUGCUCUUUGUCCCUUCCGCUGCCACCCGCUGUCCUCAGCAGCCCCCCCCCCCUCACACUGCAGUAGUGGCAGCAUGGGGCUUCCUACCCCCAUGGGGGGGUGUGAGCUCAGCACCUUUUUGAAGCCAAGGACCCCCCCCUUCUCUGUCCCCGUCUGUGGGGGGGAGCAGUGGGGCUGGCUGUGCUCACGGACGGCCCCGACCGGUGAAUAAAUGGAGUGGGUCGGAGCUGGUUGUCUCUCCUCCAUCAA